AUGGACAGCCAAACUCAAUCAUCUUCAUAUAUAGCUCCUCUAAAGAAGCUCAAGGAUUCUUGCGACAAGUGUUCUGUCUCCAAGGUCCGCUGCACCAAAGAAAAGCCGUCAUGUACACGAUGUGGGAAGCUCGGGUAUACAUGCUUCUACAGCCCUGCACGACGAGUGGGACGCCCACACCGAUCCAAGGACUCUUCAUCGCGGGGAAAUGAUAGCAAAGAAUCGGAAAAAUCUCUUGCAAAAACAGUUAAGACCGCAAUAUUUAUAGAUGAGGGAGAUAAAUUGUUAUCCCGAUUUAACUCAUCUUCGACAAAUGACAACGUUGCCAACGUUAGGCUCAAUCAACACGACAACCCCCCGGUACAGCAACAACAGCCACAACGGCACGAAGAAGAAUUCCACAAUGCAAAUGAACAAGAGAGCUCCAUUGCAGUGCAGCUGCAUGCCGUGGAUCAAGACUGCAUGCUUGUUAUAAUGGAAAUAUUUUCAGAAUUGGAGAUUCCAGCCUCACAGCUCAGGGGCUCGUUGUCAGUAGAUGCCGACCUACUGAACAUGACAACGCAGACUAUCACGAGUGCCCUUCGUCGUCUCUCAAAUAUUCUGAUCUGCCCUUGCGCCGAGCGUGCCGAGAAUGCCCUUUUAAUAUCUGCUGUUUGUCUGACCAUCGUGGAUAUCCAUACCAUAACAAUUGGCAAAUUUCACGGCAUACCGGGCAACGGAACCAUGCCCAUGGGAGUGCUAGCAGAGCUUUCCAAGGUAGCCAAGCUGGUCUUGCAAUUCUCUGAUCGGUAUAAUGAAUAUCUGAGUGGUCAAAUAUCGAACGGCAAUGGCAUGCCGUUGGACUUUUUGCCGGCGCUGGGCAACUUGAUGAGAGAAAGAUUGCAGAAAAUUACAAAUGACGCGACGUACUGGCUCUCAUAA